AUGUUAGUGGCGGUCGUCAGAAGGGCACGCAAACCUGACUUGAUAAAUAUUCAGAUAACGACAAUACAAACACUUCGUCGGCUCGUCGUUCAAAUUUACCACUUGACAUUUCAGAUAGCAAGGAACGCUCGCGCUGGAAGUACUGCUAGCUGUCUUAUAAAAGGAAUUCAGUGUAAAGGUAUGGCGGGACCAAAUACAAGAGACAUACAUGUAGCACCCGACGAUGUCGCAAUUUCGCAUGGAAGAAAACUUGACGGGCGGUUCUUUUAUCGUUACAAGAACAUCAUAUUACCACGCUUGUGUCCUAGCAGUUCUAUAGAAGCCCUGGGCCAGAAGACCUUCAGCGAUGACGACAUUAUUGUUCUUGGGUACCCGCGCUCAGGAUCCACAUGGACAAUGGACAUGGUCCAAAUGUUGAUCAAUUGCGACUUCUCAGAGCUGGAGAGGAACACCAACUUCAAAUUCCGCGUGGACGCAUUGGAAUUGGAUUUUGCACCAGCAUAUAACGGCACGACAUAUCAUAAACUCUUGGACACUGUUCGAAAACCGAGGCAGUUGCGCACGCACUUAGCUUAUGACUUCCUUCCGCUGCACAUGUUCCACACUAAGGCCCGGUUUAUCCACAUCACCAGAAAUCCCAAAGAUGUGCUAGUGUCGCUAUUUCAUUUUUAUCGCAGCAAUAAAGAUCUACUUGGGCAAUGGCCUGGGACGUGGGCUGAAUACUUUGAUAUGUUUCUGAACAAAGAACUCGUGUAUGGCGACUGGUUUGACCACACAAGAGGCUUUUGGGAACGUCGCCACAAUAGUCGAAUGCUGACCUUGAGAUACGAAGAGAUGCUAUCAAACCCAUGCGAGACCGUGCAAAAUCUCGCAGAGUUUCUCGAGAUACCCAAGAGUGACGAGGAUAUUGCAAAAAUCGAUCCACACAGACAAUAA